GCAAAUAUGGUGUUCUGUAACAUCCUUGCUUCAACUCCGUAUCCCGCAGAGUGUGCACCGAGCUGUAAUUGCACAAGAGUUCCUUCCAACGAUGUUUGCAAACCACUUCUGAGCUCGUCCAAGAAUGAUCAUGUCAAGUGCAUCUGCCCAGAAAACGGACUGAUACCUGACGAGUUUCUGGAUGUACUUUGUCUUGAGGUAGAGUUUGAAGGCCAAGCUGUACUUGACAGUGGAUCGUUCAGUGUGAAUAAUUUCAGCGCUCUGUAUGGCUUGACAAUAUCUAGGGUUCAGUAUAUCACACCGGGUGGUUUCAGAGCGGUGGCCAGUAUCAAACAACUCUUUUUCAGAAACGUGUCUGUCAUCGUUUUUGAGAAGGGUGUUUUCAUGUACCUGGAGCGACUUGGAGAGAUCCUUGCUGGUAAUAAUAACAUAAGUUUUCUGCAGGAUGGAUGCUUUGAAGGUCUUACCCAGACCCGUAACCUCAAUUUAUCAUAUAAUUCUAUCUCGGGUGUUUCCAGGGAUAACUUCCUUGGACUGACAAUGUUACAGACACUCGAUCUUUCAUGGAACAACAUCGUUCGACUCGAACCAAGAACUUUCGAACUGAUGCCAAAACUUCAAACACUGAACCUUGCUUCAAACGCCAUAGUACGAAUUGACCGCGGGACCUUUCUGAGUUUGAACCAACUGGGAACACUCAAUCUUGAUGGGAACCAAAUCAACGUACUUCCAGAGCCACAGGUCUCAGAAUCAAAGAGUCACCCAGUUAUCGUAAUCAUACGCCACAAUCCUCUACAAUGCGAUUGUCGCAUGAACUGGGUAAACUCUUGGAUUAAGACCGAGGGUCCACAAAUCUCUGGUAGUUGCGAAUAUCCGGAGACGCUCAAACGGAUCACCCUAUUCGAAGCCUACAAAGAACCGAUGCCACAAUGCCAAAACAAUAACUCUAAGAUACAUGUAAGUACAGGAAGUACGGCCAUACUGACCUGUCCAUUUGUUUAUGCCUCCUGGGUUGUUCCUGAUAUGCCUAAUGAUACUCUCCAGGACUCGGGGCAGAGCGACAACCAUUAUUUCCUGACCAAUCGUGAUUCACUCGUGGUAUGGAACGCACAAGAGCCACAAGAAGGUGUUUACACUUGCACCACGGAAGAUGGAGAAAAAUCAAUGAUGUACAAUCUUGUUCUUUACUCCAAACUAGGUACUAUGACUAUCGCGUUAAUCAUCGUGUGUGCCAUCUCAGGGUUUACAUGUAUCUGCUGUCCAUGUUACUUCUUGUGCUGUCGCCAUGGUAGCUGUUGCAUCAGUCGAAGAAGUGGAGACAAUGAAAUGGACGACCAGCAUGAUGGGAACAUACAAUACGUGAGCAACGAAAUCGACGUACGAAAUUAAGGCAAAAGGAGUUUGUUGCCCCGGGUCGGGACGAACACUAAGACUUAUCAGGGUAUUUGUUUGAAUCUGAAUGCCAUAGCAUAUUUGAGGCAAAGAGCCUACCAUAUUCUUUUAUAUUGAAUAAUAUACUUUUCCAUUGUUUGACCAUUGAUGAAUGGACUAUAGCCGCAAGCAAACGAUGCACCAAAAUGGUCGUUGUUUAUUAGCAAGUUAUUUGCUAUAAAUGAUGAAAAGCUUGUUGUCGGACUUAAAAGUAAUUUGUCAGUUCGUCAUUUUCUCUGGUGUGAAUAAAAACAAGUACAGAUACUAUUACUAAUUGUAAAAAAAAAUAUUCACUUUGUUCAUGUAUCACUAUACCUAUUUUGUUUUUAUUUACUUGUUUAACCAUGUCCAAAUAAUAAUUCUUUAAAACAAAUCUUGCAAUUGUUAUCAGUUCGAUUUUUGCCUUUGUUUGAGGCUUUACAUACAUUGGUAAACAUUGAUUCAAUAUGAUUUAUAUUGGACCAUAAAUGUGUAAUUCUUAUAUAUUUUUUUAAUUGAUUACCUUAAAACAAAAACAAACAUGAUGUAAGCCUGAUUGAAUAUUAGAUUUGACUCUUUUUCUCUCGGUGUAAUU